AUGUCUCUUUCCAGCUGUUACUUGCGUCUUCGCAAAGACACACCGAUAUUUUCAUUUCUUCGCUUCCAGGACACAGACUUUGUGGCUGGGCAAUCGGCUGCAACGACUGGCAAGGAACUCAACGGUAGCCCAAAUAAUGAAAGCGCCGCAAUCAUUCAAAAACCCUGCGAUAUCAGCAACGCCCAGACCUUAUUAACUCAAAACUGGAGCGCCACGCUUGGCCUUGGCGGGGCUCUUGAGUUCAUACCAGUGACUCACGAAAAGCCAACGGGACAUUGGGUAGAAAUGGAGGGGUAG